AUGCCGCGCUCGUACACCCCCAGUCCGAAGCGUGACUCCCGCGGUCCGAGCCGCAGCCGAAGCCGCAGCGGCUCGCACGAGAAUCGGCGACGCGUGAGAAGUCCAAGUCCGGCAAAGUCUCCCCGCAGAUCGUCACGCGCGGAUGAUCGUGGCUCGAGACGUGGCGGCGGUUAUGGUGGCAACCGCGACGAGCCGGCACCCUCUAGGUGCCUGGGUGUUUUCGGGCUAUCGCGUUACACCACGGAGGAGGUGCUGCGCGACGUUUUCGGCAUCUAUGGUCGUAUCGAGAAGGUGGACCUGAUCAAGGACCGGCCGACGGGCGAGUCCCGCGGUUUCGGCUUCAUCUACUUUGACAAGCUGGAAGAGGCGACCGAGGCGAAGGAACGACUGACCGGCACCACGGUGGAUGGCAAAGAGCUGCGCGUCGAUUACUCGAUGACGAAGCGUGCUCACUCGCCCACCCCCGGCGAGUACAUGGGACACAAGACGGCCGGUCGCUACGGCGGUGGCGGCUACGGUGGUGGUGGAGGACGUUACGGUGACCGGGGCGACCGUGGCGGAUACAGGGAUCGCGACUAUGGACGGUCGUACGGUGGAUCGUCGCGUCGCUCGUAUAGGGAUGACUACCGGGCUCCCAGACGCCGCUCCUACAGCCGCUCUCCUCGUCGUGAUCGCAGGGAGCGCUCGCGCAGCUACAGUCCGUACCGC